AUGCCGGCGGGCGAGGACCGCGGCAGGGCGCUGAGAGAUCACCGCGCGCGGGGCAAGCCGAGCCGGCCGGUGCCGGAAAAGGAAGGAAGGGAAAUCAUAACUAAUUCCGACGGGAAGUUGCCAGUGGAUGAGGGAGCCGUCGAUCUUGUUAACACAGUCCCACUACAAAUAUUCGUGCAAUGCGACAUCCCCACACGCCUUCUCCCAUCCCAUCCGCUCUCCAUGGACGAUAUUCAGAUUGUUUUCGAGGCACCACAGGCUGGCCAGCCCAAGAAGAAACGUGCUCGUCUCGUCACCUCCUGUGAUCACUGUCGACUGAAGAAGAUUAAGUGUGUGCAGUCUCGGAACUCGAGCAAAUGCGAAGCAUGCACUACCUCAAGGGUGCCUUGUCGCUUCCGCGACCGAGAACAGUAUUUCGCCGAGCGGGGACGCCUCGUGUCCCGCAACUCUCCAACGUCUUCCGACCAGGAUGUUUCUGCGACUGAGAUCAAUGCUCAGAUACCCCUCUCAGUCACGAACCCUCAAAACACUCGUCUCAGUCAUUCACCACCGCUUGAUACGGUGGAUUCCUCCGCAGCACUGCAUCGCCAUUCCAACACCCUUGCGCAAUCGUGGUCCUCCACGCAGCAGGUCUACCAGCAGCCGAGCUAUGUACAGGCACCCAUACCCCCCUCACCCCCGCAGAACUCGUGGCACGCGUCAUAUCCCGUGCCACAGCCGUCGGUGUCGCCCGCCAGUUCUCUCAGCGACAGUUUCUCCUACGGCGCUACCUCGGAACGCCAUACUACAACCCAGUCAUCUAUCCUGCCGCUACUCGACCCGCAGUGGCCAGACCGCCCGAAUCCCACCCUCAUGAUGCACUUCAUUCAGACAUAUUUCGACCGUUAUGGCGCCUCGUUCCCCUGCUUAGCCUAUGACGAGACCAUCCGACAGUUCCUUGAUCAGUCACUAUCGCCACUAAUUGGGGCCAGCAUCGCAGCGCUCGCAGUCUGGUACUCUGACCUUCCUGAGGUUCUUACCCGUGGAGCAGCAGAAGUCUCGGCCGUGUAUUGUUCCCUCGCCGAGAGGUUGGUCGCGCGCGGGCCCCAGGCGUACUCGGUCGAAGCUGUGCAUGGACUUAUUCUACUUGCAUGGGCGGAGUACAAGCGGGCGCACAUGCCUGACUUCUGCUCCCAUGUCAAAAAAGCAAAGUACAUAGCGGAACGUGUGGGUCUGACAAACGGUUCGCUUAUCCAGUCCGCCGUAAGCGAGUAUGAGCGCAACAUACUGCAAUCUACGUGGACAAUCCUGCGCCAGCUCAUUUCUACAGUGGACGGCUGGGCGGCAUAG